AUGGGGCUCAAUUCCCAGCUGCCCGAUGUCUAUCAUAACGAGAUCAUGAUUCGUUACACUCAAGAGUACCUCGCCAACGCGGGUGCAACCGUGUUCAUGACACGCGAGCGCUGGUUUGGCACGUCCGACGAGCAGAUUCUGGACGAUCAAUCUGCCAACUGCAUCAAAACUGGUGGAUGGACUUCCUACGGCGUUGGGUUCCUCGGUUACCACUCGUACGUAUUUGGCAACCUGAAUGCAGAAACAGCCGUCGCAGCUUUCGUGACCACCCUUGCCGCCGAUGGGUACUAUCCCGUGUACAUUCGUGGUUUGGGCGACGGCCAAAACCGUGCCUCUCGCACGCUCAUUCGAAUCUUCCAUUCUGGUGGCACAACUACCCUGUACAUGAAUCAAAACAUGUACAGCAGGCAGUGGAUGUAUGCCGGUCGCUACUACUUUACCAAGACAGGCUUUCGCGUCGAAGUUUCCAACAAGCUUGACUUUGCCGUCGACGCUGGCAGAUAUGUCAUUGUGGAUGCAGUUCGCGUCGGUUGCGGUUCCCUUGGCGGCUAUCCUCGCUUCCACUACGGCACGUCCAGCUUUUUGACCUACAUGAACUACACUGUCAGCACGAGCUCGGCAACAGCGAUGGCUGAUUUCAGCAAGCAGAUGAUUCAAGGCGAUCUGGAAACUGCCAACUGGCAAAAUUGGGCGCUUUUCUACCUUGUGAGCACCGCUACUAGCGACUCCGCAACUCGUGGCACCCAGGAUUUCAGCUACAGCAACGGUCGUACCUCGUCAUACACGGGCAUCACCAGUACGGCGAUCUACAACUCCUCAUUGCAGGCCGCUUCGGAUAGCUUCCGCGACGUCAUUCAUGCGGCCGCAGUUUCAACGGGUCUUUUAGACAAAGCCAACAACCUUCAUCAAUGGGCGCCGCUUGAUUCGUCCUCACGAAUGCCCACCAUGAUGGCCAUUCCUUAUUACGCCUCCAACAAUGUAGACAUGCUACUGGCUCAGUCCGAAGCGGGUCGCGAGAAUCUCGGGCGCGCAUACUACAAGGGCAUUGCCAAGUACUUUUCAUCGACCGCCACCAUCAUUCCGCUCCCUGUCAACUACCUGCACACCAUCAACCAAGGCGGCAACGUGGUUCGAGUCUGCUGGCGCCAACCUGACGACACCCAAGAGUCCACUGACGCUGCGACCGCGUUCAAGAUUUACCGGUCUACCGAUGGACGCGGAUGGGAUGAUGGAGUCAUCGUCGCCGCUUUUACGUACCUUAACAGCUUGUGCUACGACGUUACAUCUUUGACAGUCGGGCAAGUCUACUUUUUCAAGGUUGCCGGUCUCAAUGCAGGAGGCGAAGCGUUGACCAAAUGGACGGCAGCGGCGCGCGUGACCGACCCUGCUGUUGGUGUCACUCGUCCGCCAAUUGUCAUCGUCGACUGCUUUGUCGAAGGCUUUGUGCACACUUCUACCAACAUCGAGGGUCGGUACACGCGGGAGUAUGUGGUCGAGCACGCCCUGUCGAUUGCUGGAGCCGGUUACUCGUUUGAUUCUGCAUCUGCAGACAUCUUUUCUGAGUCCCAAUGGGUUACCAACAACCUCGCCGCGUACAAGGCGGUUGUCUGGGCGUCGGGUGAUACGGCCGCCAACAUCAAUGUCUUCCCUGCUGUUGCGCAAACCGCCAUCAACUCGUGGAUUGCAGGUGCCUCCUCUGCAAGCCCUCGCUCGCUUUUCGUCAGUGGCUCGAAUGUCGCUGCUGGCCUUAGUGCUGCGGGCAGUACCAGCCUCACCUUCCUCAACAGUCAACUCAAGUCCACCUUUGUCAACGCCAAUGCAAACACUUUCGUUGUUCGCCCGAACGCUGGAUUCACCAUGAGCGGCACUGUGGCCUUCAACAGCAUUGUGGCACUGGGGAACCCAUACGCUGUCAGCUCGCCGGAUCAGAUCGGCACAGCAGGCACAGGAACAGCGGCGCUGUACUACGGCCCUUCGUCUGGGACGAAUGUCGCUGGUGUCAGCUCACGCAGCACGGCAGGAUAUUAUGCUUCCUUCUUGCUUGCCUUCCCUUUUGAAACGAUCAACUCGCGAGACGAGCGCGACAAGUUGAUGGCUUCGAUCCUGUCCACCAUCAUGUUCGCAGCUCCUGACUUGCCCUUGGCGCUGCCGUCCGUCAGCUCGGCUGCCAGCAUGGCCACGCGAGCGUCGGUUGCUUCCCGAAGCUCUGCUUCGAUUGCAACCACCGUGUCUGCAAGCGUUGCCUCAAUUGCUUCUGCCGCUUCCACAGCCUCAGCCACUGUUGCAUCUGUCGCCUCCACAGUCUCUGCCUCGCUUGCUUCCGCGUCGUCUGCAUCAAUCGCCUCAGCAUCUUCCAAAUCGAUCGCUUCGGCAUCGUCAGAAUCGAUCGCCUCAGCAUCGUCAGAAUCGGUCGCCUCAGCAUCGUCUGCGUCAAUCGCCUCAGAAUCGUCUGCGUCAAUCGCUUCAGCAUCGUCAGAAUCGAUUGCCUCGGCAUCGUCAGAAUCGAUCGCCUCAGAAUCGUCUGCGUCAAUCGCCUCAGCAUCAUCUGCGUCAAUCGCCUCAGAAUCGUCAGAAUCGAUUGCCUCAGCAUCGUCUGCAUCGAUCGCCUCAGCAUCGUCAGAAUCGAUUGCCUCAGCAUCGUCUGCAUCGAUCGCCUCGGCAUCAUCAGAAUCAGCUGCGUCGGAAGCGUCGGAAGCGUCCCGUGCCUCAGCUUCUGCCUCUGUGGCCUCCGAAGCGUCAGCGUCAGCCACUCAAACCCCGCAAUACUCGUGCCACGUUGAAUGUCAAGGCGGCUGCACUGGCCCAGCGGACACGGAAUGCGUUUCCUGCGCGCACUUCAAGUUUGGCGCCCGAUGCGUCGCCUCCUGCCCGAUCGACUAUGCAAGCAAGGCUGAUCAUGUUUGCGCGCCCGUCCCCAAUGAUUCCUUGCCCAUCGGAGCGAUUGCUGGCGGUGCUGGCGGCGGUGUCGUCCUGCUGUUGCUUCUUUUGCUCAUCCUGCUUCUUGUCGUUCGUCGCCGUCGCAGCAAACCUGCGCCGAACGCCGAAGCCCCCGCCCCGCAGUCCACGAUGCUCUUUGCCAACCCGCUGCUCGAUCAUGGCGCUGAAAUGGAUGGCGUCUAUGAUACGCUCAAUGCCCCUGGGCUCGCCAGCGGCAGCGACCUUGACUCUGAGAAGGUCACGAUGGCGUCGCAGUAUGAAGCGCCGCACCAUUCUGAUGAGCAGCAGGAGAACACUUACGAUGUCCUUGGAAACGGCGGAGCACCGGCUGUUGGUGCUGUGACGUAUGCCAGCAUAACUUCGGACGGCAAUUGAGAUCGUGGUUGACAAUGAACAUUGAUUCUUUCGUGAUGUGUGC